AUGUAUCCACCGUACUAUCCUGGGCCAGAGAAACCUUUUUACCAUUAUCCGCCUGGUUAUCGGAACCCUCUUCAACCUGGCUAUCAUACCUAUCCACCACCAGGGCCGGGGAAUGGAUUUGGCCCUCCCGGUGUAAGGCCUCCCUUUUACGCUCCCGGGUAUGAACAUCAAUAUGGAUCGGGAUACCCUGAUGGGAACCAAUUUGAUCCAUGGUUCCAUUUCCAUUUCCCAAAUCUGAAUUGGCCUCGACCACCAAAUGACAAUUGCAAAAAAUGUCCUCCCGGGCCUAAAGGGGACAAAGGUGAUUCGGGACCAAGAGGUGAACAGGGUCCAGAGGGGAGACAAGGUGCAUCUGGACCAAAGGGAGAUAAGGGCGAGAAAGGUGACAAAGGCGACAAAGGUGACCAGGGUGACAAAGGUGACCAGGGUGACAAAGGUGACCAGGGUGACAAAGGUGACAAAGGCGACAAAGGUGACCAGGGUGACAAAGGUGACCAAGGUGACCAAGGUGACAAAGGUGACAAAGGUGACAAAGGUGACCAAGGUGACAAAGGUGACCAAGGUGACCAAGGUGACCAAGGUGACAAAGGUGACAAAGGUGACAAAGGUGACCAAGGUGACAAAGGUGACAAAGGUGACCAAGGUGACAAAGGUGACCAAGGUGACAAAGGUGACAAAGGCGACAAAGGCGACAAAGGUGGAAAUGGCGACAAUGGUGACAACCAGCGUCCUAAUAAUAGCACAACUCAACAAGACUUGUCGCUCUCGGGGCUCCAAGCCCUUCGGCUUUGCCAGCCUAAGUCAAAUACCGAUGGCAGAGAAGUCAAGGUUGGUGGUGUAACAUACAAGAUAACCUGUCGGCAAGUCAUUGCCGGGGAAAAGUACAGUGUAUUCAACACGCAUAAUCUUGAAGAGGCUAUGGUCAUUUGCUCCACCCUGCCUGGGUGUGAAGCAGUUGGCGCCAGCGGCAGCUCCAUCGUCACAUGGAACCCCAAUCGAGAUGUCGAAACAGCCCAGUCACCUGAAGGAAUAGUCGCCGUCGCAAUGCAGGCUCGACCAUCGAAAGAUAUUCCACCAAACAUAAAGAAGGCUCGAGACAGCGAAUGCCCAGAUAUCCAUGGAUCAACAUUGGAUGUGGGCGGCGUCAAAUAUGAGAUCUUCUGCACAAGCAAGAAGAACACGCUCAAAGACCCUGUGAAAACACUGAGUGCGGAAAAGAAUCUUUUUGAAUGUCUUGCGCUAUGCUCUUCAGAGUCAACCUGCAGAGUUAUUGCACCAACGGGGACUACGCAGAAGUGCUCAAUUUCUGACAAGCAGGAGUCAGGGUUUGAAGAUGAUAAAGGAGAGAGCAGGGUCUAUUGGGUUGCUCGUGCCAUAACUAGGGGUUAA